AACCACAAUAUGCCCCUCCUUCUGAAAUGCUCUUCAACGCCCGGAUGAUCACUGCGGCGCAGCAAAAUCCAAUGCAGAGAAACGGGUGAGAUAUCGGCUAUCUAAUCGUCGUUUUCCUGAGGAGAAUAGCAGCCCAAUGACAGCUGAGAUUGAGGAGGCCCUAGUAUGAGCCGGAGGAGCAGUAGCAGCCCCAGCCUGUGGACCGUACUGCCUCAGAGUGGCCCUGCACCAUGUGAACGCUACAAGCACGCCUGCUGCUCCUACGGGGGCAGUGUCUUUGUGUUGGGAGGGAGGGAGAGCCACUCGCUCAGGGACUUCUGGAGGUAUAAUGUUGUACGCAAUGAGUGGACAGAGUUGGACUGUAGCUGUGAGGCAGCACCUGAGGAUCUUCAGGAACAUUCCAUGGUGGCCCAUCAGGGUGUUCUGUAUGUCUUCGGUGGAAUGAUUGAUUCUGCGUACACUAUAUGGAAAACCCCCCUCUGGGUGUUUGAUAUUGUGAAAGAGCAGUGGGUGUCCUGGCAGGAUAGGAACCCCCCUCAGAAUCAGGUGCCAGUCAACAGGAAGGGCCACAGUGCCGUGGUGUUUAGCUCUGCCAUGUACAUCUACGGAGGAUACAUUGACAUGAGAGCCUCAUCACAGGAGUUUUGGAAGUUAGAAUUUGACACUAUGUUGUGGUCCCUGCUGGACUGUACCCAGACAGAGGUCGGUCCUGGUCCCAGACACAGCCACUCUGCCAUGACCCACCUGGACUGCAUGUACCUGUUCGGGGGUCUGAGAGGCCUGAGGGAGCAGAGGGAUCUGUGGAGAUGGAACUCUACCAGUCAUUCCUGGAGCUGUCUCAACGCCACAUCAGGCCCCUCUAAGCUGGUGGGCCACUCAACUGUGGUCUACCGGGACAGCAUGCUUCUGUUUGGAGGAGGAGAAAGCCAGCACACACCCAGGAGCUGUCUAUGGAGGUACAGCUUCACCACCCAGACCUGGGGGAAGCUAGCCGUGCUACCCGGCUCCAACCCACCUCCCCACAGGAUCUACCACUGCUGUGCCGGCCUGGGCCCUAGCUAUCAGCCUGCCGUGACCACAACCACCAGCACCACCCCGACCCCCAGCACCACCAUCAGAAACAGACUUGACAGCAAGAUACGGCCGUUCAAGAACAAAUGCUUCCCAUCCUCCUCAGAGACAGAGGGCACUAUAGAGCUGGAGACGUUUAGUAGCUCGGAGAAGCUAUUGACUGAAGUGGAGGGCUAUUGUAAUGGUCUAAGUGGGAAUGACACUCAGCGGUUUGGGAACUGUCUGACCUUUGAGAACCAGGAGGCCUUCAGUAAGCAGUGGAGCUGUGAGAAUAGAGAGGAGGAUGGUUCAGGUAAACCAGAGGAGAGCCAUGAGAGCAUAGCACAAAACCUGCCUGAUUUGCUACUGGUGCUGGGGGGAAAGCCCUUAGUUAGACACACUGUCAUCUCUGUGUGGCAGAUGACAUUGGCUGACCUCUGAGCUUUGACCUCUGACCCAGAGAGAGAGGGAUGACAUUUUGUAAACUACAGUGCCUUGCAAAAGUAUUCAUCCCCCUUAACGUAUUUCCUAUUUUGUUGCAUUACAACCUGUAAUUUAAAUUGAUUUUUGGCGGGAUUUCAUGUAAUGGACAUACACAAAAUAGUGCAAAUUGGUGAAGUGAAAUGAAAAAAAAUGAAAAAAAAUGACUUGUUAAAAAAAGAAAAGAAAAAAAGAAAAGUGGUGCGUACAUAUGUAUUCACCCCAUUUGCUAUGAAGCCCCUAAAUAAGAUUGGGUGCAACCAAUUUCCUUCAGAAGUCACAUAAUUAGUUAAAUAAAGUCCACCUGUGUGCAAUCUAGGUGUCUCAUGAUCGGUCACAUGAUCUCAGUAUAUAUACACACCGGUUCUGAAAGGCCCCAGAGUCUGCAACAUCACUAAGCAAGCGGCAGCACCAAGCAAGCGGCACCAUGAAGACCAAGGAGCUCUCCAAACAGGUCAGGGACAAAGUUGUGGAGAAGUACAGAUCAGGGUUGAGUUGUAAAAAAAUAUCUGAAACUUUGAACAUCCCACGGAGCACUAUGUAAUCCAUGAUUAAAAAAUGUAAAGAAUAUGGCACCACAACAAACCUGCCAAGAGAGGGCCGCCCACCAAAACUCAUGAACCAGGCAAGGAGGGCAUUAAUUAGAGAGUCAACAAAGAGACCAAAGAUAACCCUGAAGGAGCUGCAAAGCUCCACAGCGAAGAUUGGAGUAUCUGUACAUAGGACCACUUUAAGCUGCACACUCCACAGAGUUGGGCUUUAUGGAAGAGUGGCCAGAAAAAAGUCAUUGCUUAAAGAAAAAAUAAGCAAACACAUUUGGUGUUCGCCAAAAGGCAUGUGGGAGACUCCCCAAACAUAUGGAAGAAGGUGCUCUGGUCAGACGAGACUAAAAUCUAGCUUUUUGGCCAUCAAGGAAAACGCUAUGUCUGGGGCAAACCCAACACCUCUCAUCAUCCCGAGAACAACAUCCCUACAGUGAAGCAUGGUGGUGGCAGCAUCAUGCUGUGGGGAUGUUUUUCAUCGGCAGGGACUGGGAAACUGGUCAGAAUUGAAGGAAAGCGCUAAAUACAGGGAAAUUCUUGAGGGAAACCUGUUUCAGUCUUCCAGAGAUUUGAGACUGGGACGGAGGUUCACCUUCCAGCAGGAAAAUGACCCUAAGCAUACUUGUCACGUUCUGACCUUUAUUUUCCUUUGUUUUGUCUUUAGUUAGUAUGGUCAGGGCGUGAGUUGGGGUGGGCAGUCUAUGUUAUGUAUUUCUAUGUUUAGGUUUGUCAAUUGGCCUGAUAUGGUUCUCAAUCAGAGACAGGUGUUUUGCAUUGUCUCUGAUUGGGAACCAUAUUUAGGUUGCCUGUUUUCACUGUUGGUUUGUGGGUGUUUGUUUCCUGUGUCUGUGUUCGUGCCACACGGGACUGUUUCGGUUAGGUUACUUUGUUAUUUUGUAUUUUUUGUCGUGUUCAGUUAAUUAUAUUAAAACAUGGACACUUA